CUGGGGGAGCGCAGCAGGGGGCGGCCCAGUCCCGCUCAGCACUCGGACAGCGCAGAGCCGGGAGGCGCCUGCCCAGCGGAGCCGAGCCGAGCCCCGGCCGAGAGGGGCAUGUGAGCGCCCGGACGGACCUUCCGCGCCUGCCCGGCUCCAGCAUGGGGCUCCCUCUGCUGCUGGGGCUGCUCCUCUGCCGAGCCGGAGGCCUCCUUGCUCUGCCAAGGGACUGCAUAGCAGCUGAGAAGAUUUGCCUCAUGGACCCUGCCUGCAAUGCCACCUACCAGGCCCUGGAAAACUGCUCCCUUGAUAAGACACAUUUCCUCCCUCUGAGUCCUGAUGCCAGAGCAAGGUGCUGGGAUGCAAAGCUAGACCUCAGAAGCAGCCCUUUACUGCAUUGCAAGUGUCACCGCCGCAUGAGGAGACAGAAGCACUGCCUGCGCAUCUACUGGACUGUUCACUCCAGCUUCACACACGGUUAUUUCAAUUUGGAGACUUCUCCUUAUGAGGAUCCAGCAAAUGAAGAACCCUGGAAGAUUGACUACAACAAGCUGGCAGCUUUGGUUUCAGGUUCACAUCUAGCAGGGGACAGCGCAAAUCCCUGCCUGAAAGCAACUCACUUCUGCAGUCUGAAUAAGAAAUGUGUCCAUCUGCGCACAUAUUAUGCCUCCAGCUGCACCAAGGGGGCAGAGUCUGGAGACACCUGUGACCAGCGUAAGUGCCACAAAAGGCUACGACAGUUCUUUGAGAAGGUCCCUGAGGAUUUCACCAAGAGGCUCCUGUUCUGUCCAUGUCAAGAUGAGCUCUGUGGGGAGCGACGCCGGAAAACCAUUGUCCCUGAGUGCUCCUUCCAGGACAGCAUCAAACCCAACUGCCUCCUUCUUUUGGACUCCUGUAUCAAAGACCAUAUCUGCAAAUCCCGACUGGCUGAUUUCCAACAGAACUGUCAGCCUGCAGGCAUGUCCCCAGAUGGCUGUUCUCAGCACAACCAAGCUGCGUGCCUGAAGGCUUACAUGGGGAUGAUUGGUACAGCCAUGACACCAAACUAUGUUGGUAACUCCAGCACGGAGGUUUCGCUAUGGUGUACCUGUGAGAACAGUGGCAACCAGCAGGAGGAGUGUGACCAGAUACGCAGCAUGUUCAUUAGCAACAAAUGCCUCAAAAAUACAAUUCAGUCUCAGAUGCAUCUGAGCCAGGCAACUCUGGAGGGGCAGGAAGGAUUGUUUUACAUGCCUUCCCUGAGCUUCCAGGGGGACAGCACCAACACUUCUCUUGCUUCAGAAAUGUGCCAGGUCACCAAGACAAAGACAUGGCCAGACAUCUCUGAAUACAACAGCAUGCCCAUGGCCUCCUCUGUGUAUUCUGGAGCUGGGGUUUCCUGGCCCCCAAUGGCCCUGCUGCUGCUACUGCUUCUGCUCAGCCCACCUUAACUUGACACAACAGGCAUUUGUCCCUUCCACAUAAUUCUCCUCACUCUGCACCCAGACAUUGACCUACUAACUCACCCUUCGGGAACUGAGGAGGAACUGAACAAUCUCACCCCGGAACAGGAAGGCCUGCAUCCUUCUCCUAGGAGUGAGUCAUUUCACUCAGCUCCUUCUGCAGCUAGAACUGCAGGGGCUGGUUGUCCAACACAAUCUCCUCCCCCAACUCCUAGCACUGCAAGAGGAAGAGUAGCCAGAUGGGAGACUUUAGGGCACUAUUUUGUUUGUUUGU